AGUAGGGUUUGAUUUUUGCGCGGCAUUUUCCUCUCAAACUCCCGCCUGGCGCCGGUCAGGGAGCGAGAUGUCAAAGAAAAGGGGGCUGAGCAUUGAAGAGAAGAGAACUCGGAUGAUGGAAAUAUUUUUUGAAUCAAAAGAUGUGUUCCAGUUAAAGGAUAUUGAGAAAAUUGCUCCCAAAGAGAAAGGAAUAACUGCAAUGUCAGUGAAAGAGGUCUUACAGAGUUUAGUCGAUGAUGGCAUGGUGGACACUGAUAGGAUUGGAACUUCGAAUUACUUUUGGGCUUUUCCAAGCAAAGCUUUUCAUGCAAGACAACGUAAAUUGGAAGAACUGAAGAAACAGUUAUCAGAAUAUAGCCAGAAGAAAGAAGGUUUACAGGAAAACAUUGAGAAAUCAAAAAUUGGGCGCCAAGAUACUGCAGAACGUGCUGCCCUAACAAAGGAACUUGCUGCCCUUCGACAGAAGAAAGACCAACUAAAGUCAGAAAUAGAAAAAUACAAAGAAUGUGAUCCAGAUGUUGUUGAAGAAAUUCGACAAGCAAAUCAAGUAGCUAAAGAGGCAGCCAACAGAUGGACUGAUAAUAUCUUUUCAGUAAAAUCUUGGGCCAAAAGGAAGUUUGGAUUUGAAGAGAACAAAAUUAACAAAACAUUUGGUAUUCCAGAAGACUUCGACUACAUUGACUAAAAGUGGUUAGUAAA